AUGGCCCCCUCCCCUCCUCGCAACCCCCCACAACCACCCCCCAUCUUCACAACCUCCCCCUCCCAAAUCCUAACCACAAUCACCACCCUCAUCUCAACCCACCGCGCAGCCCAAUCCUCCAUCCCAUCAACAAUCUCGCCCCAGGACGCAACCUACGCAAACACCCUCCUCCCCCUAGCCCACGCCGAAAACGCACUCUACUCCAAAUCUUCCCUCCUCCUCUUCCACAACGCAGUCUCCCCAGACCAAGAAACCCGCACAGCCUCCUCCCAAGCCCGGUCCCUCCUCCGCGACGCAGAACUCCAAGGGGCCAACAACGAAGCGCUCUUCAAGCUCGUCGACGCAGUCUAUAAUGAUUCUGCCGAAACGCGCUACCUCAACCCGGAAGCCAGGAACUAUCUCCACAAGAAACAUCGAGAAUUCGUCAAAAACGGCCUGCGGAUUCCCAUUGGGCCGGACCUGGACCGCUUCCGCGCAAUCCGCGCCGAAAUCGUCUCCCUCACAGCAGAAUUCGCAAAGAACCUCGCAGAGGCAGAUGUCUCGGUAUGGUUCACCCCGCGGGAACUAGACGGCUUCCCUCCCGACGCCCUCGCGUGUCUCGAAGAAGGGGACGACGACAACCCCGAGACGGCAGGAAAAUUCCGGAUUAAAAUCCCGCUCCAUCUCUCUCACCUCCUCCGCACCGCCCACCGGCCCAAUACACGCCGCCGCGCCCGGUUGGCGUACGACAUCCGGUGCAGCGAAAACAUCGCCAUCUUCCGGCGCGUCGUCCUCCUCCGCCACGAAGCUGCCCGGCUUCUCGGGUAUCCGGACCACGCGACCCUCAGCACGGAGGAGAAAAUGGCUGGGUCCCCGGCUCACGUCACGUCCUUUCUCUCCUCUCUACGCGAGAAGCUAGUCCAGGGCGGACAAGUGGAGAAGGAACGCCUCCUGAAGCUCAAGAGGCGUGAUGUCGAGGAGGAGAGGGGUGAGAUUUAUGAUGGAAAGUUGUAUACGUGGGACACUGCGUACUACACGAAUCAGUUGCUGAAGGAAGGAUAUGCUGUUGAUCAGGAGCGGAUCGCAGAGUAUUUCCCGCUCGAGCAGACUGUGGAGGGUAUGCUGAGUAUCUUUGAGCGGUUGUUUGGCAUGGAGUUUUGUGAGAUUGCUGGCAGAGAGGCAAGGGAUGCAUUAUCGAGUACGGGAAAGGGGGAAGAUAUCGUCUGGCAUGAAGACGUGCGGCUAUUCUCCGCGUGGGAUUCUGCUAACGAAGGGGGCGGAUUCCUGGGAUAUCUCUACCUCGAUCUCUAUCAUCGGGAUGGGAAAUACGGGAACCCCGCGAACUUCAGUCUCGUACCCGGCUUCACAAACCCAGAUCAAACCCGCACAUACCCCUCCACAGCCCUCCUCUGCUCCUUUCCCACCCCCUCUUCCGCGUCUUCACCAACCCUCCUCCGCCACGCCGACGUGGUAACCCUCUUCCACGAACUAGGCCACGCAAUCCACGACCUCGUCUCCCGCACCUCCUUCGCGCGCUUCCACGGUCCCAUGGGCACCGUCGUCGACUUCGGCGAGGCGCCGUCCCAAAUGCUCGAGAACUGGUGCUGGAGCGCAGAGCAGCUUAGGGGACUUGGGCGUCAUUACUCGUUUCUAUCUGAAGAGUGUCUGCGGGAUUGGCGGGAGAAGCAAGUUAUCAGGGGAGUGCAAGGAGAAGCAGGGGAGGGAGUGACCCAGCCCCCGGAACGAAUCCCAGAGUCCGUCGUCGAAGGCCUCGUUGCCGCGAAGCACGUCGGUCAAGGGCUGGGAACGCUGCAGCAGCUUUUUAUUAGCGUUUUCGAUAUGGCUGUGCAUCAGUUGCCUGCGUCCACCAUCACGCAGGAGGAUCCAACUGCCAACGCUGCCGCCAGUGCCGUCGAGGGGGAAGCCGCCGCAGACUUUACGACGCUCUGGAACAGCCUCCGACGAGAAAUCGUCCCGACGGACGAUCCGCCUUUCCUGCCAGGCGACGAUGCCAACUGGGGACACGGGUAUACUAAUAUCGGACACCUGAUGGAUGAGUACGAUGCCGGGUUCUAUGGGUACUUUUUCUCGAAAGUCUACGCCCAAGAUAUCUUCUCCACCAUUUUCGAGUCGGACCCCAUGAGCGGGGAAGCAGGGCGCAAGUAUAGAUACGGCGUCUUGGAGAAGGGGGGCGGCCAGCCCGAAAUGACGACCUUGUUGGAGUUUCUUGGUCGUGAGGUCCGUAUGGAGCCAUUUUAUAAAGAAUUGGGAUUGUCGGCGUAG